GCACUUAAAUAGGAGGAUUCUUCGAGGAAAAACGCUCAAUCUGCUUUCGUUUCCCAUUGCAGGAAGUUGUGCGUGAUUAGUGUUGUUGUGUUGUGUCUGCUUUUUCACAUAGAAAAGCUGUGUAGUGUGCCAUUACUUUAACCAAGCGACUAAACGAACGAAAACCCCCAUUAUUUGCUGAAGUGAAAAAGGGCUGUGAUUCAUCGUGAUUGCGUCGUCAUUUUGUGCUCUGCCAUUUGCAAUAGAGAUCUCCGGCUAACUGCGGGUUAAAAACAAGCUCUCAGCCAUGAAAUUCCUAAUACUCAUCCUCGGCUUUGUUGCGGCCGCUAAUGCGAUCUCCAUCUUUGAUCUCGUGAAGGAAGAAUGGACUGCUUUCAAGUUGCAACAUCGUAAAAAGUACGAUAGCGAGACGGAGGAACGCAUCCGGAUGAAGAUCUACGUACAGAAUAAGCACAAAAUUGCUAAACACAAUCAGCGCUUCGAUCUUGGCCAGGAGAAGUACCGUCUGCGCGUGAACAAGUACGCUGAUCUGCUGCACGAGGAGUUUGUCCACACGCUAAACGGCUUUAACCGUUCUGCCGCCGGCCACCUGCUGCGUGGUGAUCUGAAGCCCAUCGAGGAGCCUGUGUUCUGGAUUGAACCGGCCAACGUUGAAGUACCGAAGACCAUCGAUUGGCGCAAGAAAGGUGCCGUCACUGCGGUAAAGGAUCAAGGACACUGUGGCUCGUGCUGGUCAUUCUCGGCGACCGGCGCACUGGAGGGACAGCAUUUCCGCAAGACCGGCAAGCUGGUGUCGCUGUCCGAGCAGAAUCUCGUCGACUGUUCGCAGAAGUACGGUAACAAUGGUUGCAACGGUGGCAUGAUGGACUUCGCCUUCCAGUACGUCAAGGACAACAAGGGUAUCGAUACGGAGAAGUCGUACCCGUACGAGGCGAUCGACGAUGAGUGCCAUUACAACCCGAAAGCCGUCGGUGCCACAGACAAGGGCUUCGUCGACAUUCCACAGGGCGAUGAGAAGGCACUGAUGAAGGCGAUCGCCACCGUCGGUCCGGUAUCGGUUGCCAUCGAUGCGUCGCACGAAUCGUUCCAGUUCUACUCGGAGGGUGUGUACUAUGAGCCGCAGUGCGACUCGGAACAGCUCGACCACGGUGUGCUGGCGGUCGGUUAUGGUACGUCCGAGGAGGGUGAAGAUUACUGGCUGGUGAAGAACUCGUGGGGAACCACCUGGGGCGACCAGGGAUACGUAAAGAUGGCGCGUAACCGAGACAAUCACUGCGGUAUUGCUACCACCGCUAGCUACCCAUUGGUAUAAAAGGGGAGUUUUGGGAACAAGCGAGAGAAAGAGAGAGCUAGCUAAAGAAAGUAUGCGGCAUUUUUAUGUUGUGUGAUAUAUACAAUUUAAUUGCGGCAAGAGAGGACAGAUACUUUUCGCGUCGCGUCGAACAAACGGAGAUGCCCAUUUUCCUGACACACGCAUCGAGUAGAGAAACGCAGGCAUUCGAUAAAAGAAUGAGAUCCAAGCAUCAUCGUCGUGUCUCCUCCCCCCCCCCAUUAGAAAGAGAUUUUCAUCCAUCACAUCCGGUGUGUGUUCUUUGUUGAAAGAGGGGUGAUGUUCGUAAUUUUAAUAAGAGAUUAAUUUUAAGUUUACAAAGAGGCGAAUAAUAAAUGGAAAGCGUAGAUUAUACGGUAA